AUGCCCAACUGGAGAGACGAGUACCUCUCUUCCCUCAGGGAAUCAGAGCUCAACAAUCCCGUCAACAUGGAGCUCGUCCAGGCUUGCUCACAGAUGGCAGACCGCAUUUCAUCUUUGGAGGCCGAAAAACUGGCUUUGGAAUCCCUCGUCGCCGGCCAAGGCAACAACCGGUCAAAGUCGCCAUCCCUUCAGCCUGGCGAGGCGGCAGCCAACGAUCCUGGCGUGGCUCAGCUGCGCCUUGAACUAGCCGAGGCCUUGCGCUCGCGAGGCGUUGCAGAAACGCGACUACGCACCGCGGAAGAGGAACUGGAUAAGCUGCGCUCCAAGAUGAAGCAGGAUACACGAUCUAUCAAAGAUCUCACCACGGAAAGGACAUCUCUUGCUACCAAAGUAAACGACCGGGAGUACGAGCUCAAAGAGAAGAGGAAGCUAGUCGAGCAAGUUCAAGAUGAGAUGAUUGCGCUGAAUCUGCAGCUCUCCAUGGCUGAAAAAGAGAGGGACAGAGUCAAACAAGAGAACAAAGAGCUCAUCGACAGAUGGAUGAAGAGAAUGGCCCAAGAAGCAGACGCUAUGAAUCUCGCAAACGAACCAACGCUAGGCAAGGGACGGUAG